UAAGUGUAGAUAAGAGACUAGAAACAAAAUUAUCAUUUCUACAAUUCGAAUUUAUGAUGAAGUUUCUUAUCUUUGUAACUUUUUUAGUCGGAGUAUUAUAUGCAGCAAAGUCAAAGAAGUCUAAGGGUGGGACCAAGCAGCUGUUACAAGCGAUAAAAGAUGAGCUGAGUGAGCUCAAGAAGGGACAAGGAGUUCUUGGAGAAAAGAUCCAGUCCCUUGAUGACGGACAAGGAGUUCUUGGAGAGAAGAUCCAGUCCCUUGAUGACAGACAAGGAGUUCUUGGAGAAAAGAUUGAUGACGGACAAGGAGUUCUUGGAGAGAAGAUCCAGUCCCUUGAUGACAGACAAGGAGUUCUUGGAGAAAAGAUUGAUGACGGACAAGGAGUUCUUGAAGAGAAGAUUCAGUCCCUUGAUGACGGACAAGGAGUUCUUGGAAAGAAGAUUCAGUCCCUUGAUGACGGACAAGGAGUUCUUGGAGAGAAGAUCCAGUCCCUUGAUGACAGACAAGGAGUUCUUGGAGAGAAGAUCCAGUCCUUUGAUGAUGGACAAGGAGUUCUUGGAGAGAAGAUUCAGUCCCUUGAUGUCAGACAGGGGGUACUUGCAGAGAAGAUUCAGUCAUGUGAGAAAAAGCUGGGGACAUGGCGCCUGGGGAUGAACAUCAAUCCUGCCGACGGACACAUAUUCGGAUACACUGUCGGAUGGGCCACUAGUAUUGAUAUUGGAAGUGAUGAUGAAGCCUUAACCAAGGACUACUUGAGUGCAAAAGUGUGGGCUACACCAGCAAACUACAUCGCUAUUGUGAGACAUCAGCGAGGUGUUGUGGAUGCUGUCAAGGUCUUCAAGUUCAAAGUCCCGGGAGAAUCACUCAGUACAAGGUUCGGGCUGAAAAACAUGAACCCGGGCAGACAAAUUGUUACUCAAGGAGGGCCAAUCCAGGAGUCAAUUGCCGAUGAUGCUGAUAAUUUGGGAGACGAUCCUAGCCCCCCCCCUUGGGGGGGAAAGAUCAAUUAUCAAACUUUGACGGAUUUCUGCAACGACAACCUGGAUUGUAUUGAUUACGAGGCGUGGAACAAUGGAGCGAUAGCAAUAUUCCAUGGUGUUCCUGAUGCCAAAACCGCACACAUAUUUCAAAUGAACCAGGCAACUCGCAGCAAGAACGCGCCUAAUGCAAGGCCCAUUCCGAUGAGAUUUCAGGCGAAGUUCGGUAACUUCUUCAAGCCAAAGCACAAGGUUCUCGAGAUGCAAAACAAAUUGAACAAUGAGCCUCUAGAACUCCCGGAUAAGCACAAGCGGAGGAUUGUAACAGUGAUAAAAUCCUGUCCAGAAGGGCUCAGUACUGACGAAGUAAAGUUAAAGUAUUCGGAACUUUACGAGGAGCCUUUCCCUAUGCAACAUCUCUGUGAUAUCACUAAGAAGAGGUACCUAGUGGACAUCCUGGCACUGAUCCAGCAGUUGAGGCAUCUUAAUGGUAGAUGGAUGGUGCUCAACGAGACUCCACCUGAUAAUAGACCAGCUCCACCGGCUCCACCUAUCGUCCCUAAAGACAUCUCCAAAUCUGCUGAAUUUCCAGACUCUAAAGACAAACGUUAUAACCUGCCCUGA